GUCUGGUGAUUCGACAGCUCGUAUCUGGAACCUGAGUGAAAACAGUACGAGCAGCUCCACACAGCUGGUCCUGAGACACUGCAUACGAGAGGGAGGGCAGGAUGUCCCCAGCAACAAAGACGUCACCUCGCUAGACUGGAAUAGCGAGGGCACGCUUUUAGCAACAGGCUCCUAUGACGGUUUUGCCAGAAUAUGGACGAAGGACGGGAACCUGGCCAGUACACUUGGCCAACACAAAGGUCCCAUCUUUGCCCUGAAGUGGAAUAAAAAAGGCAACUUUAUCCUCAGCGCAGGAGUAGAUAAGACAACAAUCAUAUGGGAUGCCCAUACAGGAGAAGCUAAACAACAGUUUCCCUUCCACUCAGCUCCAGCACUAGAUGUGGACUGGCAGAGCAACAACACGUUUGCCUCCUGUAGUACAGACAUGUGCAUUCACGUCUGUAAACUGGGACAGGACAGACCCAUCAAAACAUUCCAGGGACACACAAAUGAAGUAAAUGCAAUCAAGUGGGAUCCCACAGGGAACCUGCUAGCCUCCUGCUCAGAUGACAUGACGCUGAAG